AUGUCGCUCCUUGGUAUCAGUGAAGAAGUCAAGACUGAAGGAUUUAUUCCGGCGCGAAAGUUGAACGUGCUUUUCGCCGAAGAUAGUGUUCCAACGCAAUUUAUCGUGAAACGCCUCAUUAAACGUUUUGGAAUCAUCGAACUGGUGUGCGUGAACGACGGGAAAUCCGCGUUGGAGCACUGUGAGAAGUGUAUGAAAGGAAACGAAACAAUUCCCGAUAUUAUUUUGAUGGACCUUCAAAUGCCUGUUAUGGACGGUUUGGAGUCAAGCAGGAGAAUACGUAAAUUGGGCGGUGAAAUGAGCACCGUACCAAUAGUCGCGGUGUCGUCUGGUAUCAAGUCUAUGAGUCAGAAAGACUGCGUCAAAGCUGGCAUGUCAGAUUACGUCGCGAAGCCAUUAAACCAGCAACUAUUGACAAAAAUUUUGCUGGACAAUCUCCCUCAACCUCUCAUCUCAUCGCCGCCUUGA